GGGGUAUUCCUAAGCAUUAGCCCCUCUGAAUCAAAAUGCUGCAAUUUUGAAAUUCAAUAUUUCCGAUUUAAGGCAUUUCUCGAUGUUGUGAGUGCCGAAACCGGUAAUUGUGAGCUAGGGACCCCAUUUUGGCUAUCUCAACUCAAAUCUAAUGUUAAGGUGGGAGGGUCCCUUUAAUCUAGAAAAUAUUGUCGUUUUUUAAUUUUGCCUCUCAUUAACGCAUUUUCCGGAAUGUGUGUUUCUUGAAUGAACAAUACAAAUUGGUACUGAUUUUUCGAAAUCUUGAUCUUUUGAAGUAAAAGAAAAAAUGAAAUCCAAAACAUUACUUUUUAAGAAGAAUUACUGGAAAUCUUAAAAAACAUUUCUUAAAGGUAGACAGAAAUGGCGCAUGUAAUCCAAACUGAGACGAAUCGAAACGCGCAGAUGCUUAUGUUAGAAAUUGUGAUAGGGGUGGCGGCGCGGUCUUAGGCCGUUUGGGGUUAUGAUUUUUUGUAAAACGCUGGAUUUCAUAUCUGCGUUGCAUUAGGAUUAUAUAGUCAACUGUUUCAUAACAUUUCCACGUAUAGUGUUCAGCGAAGUACGGGCCUAGAGGGUCGGAAAGUCGGCGCGGUCUGGUACUCUCCGCGCACGCCCAUAGUCUAAUAACCAUGUCUGGGCAAGGAGGUGGAGCGGUGGUACCGCGGAAUUUCCGUCUACUGGAGGAACUGGAAGCCGGUCAGAAGGGCAGCGGCGACGGCACCAUCAGCUGGGGACUGGAGGAUGAUUCAGAUAUGACCCUGUCCCGCUGGACGGGAAUGAUUAUCGGACCGCCCGGGACCAAGUUUGAGAACCGUAUGUACAGCCUGCGCCUGGAGUGCGGCCCCAAAUAUCCGGACGAGUGUCCGGCAAUACGUUUCAUCACGCGAAUCAACCUGAGUGGCGUCAAUGCCCAGACAGGAGUGGUGGACAGUCGAAGCAUCUCGGUGCUUUCACACUGGAACCGGACGUACACAAUCAAGACUGUGCUGAUGGACCUGCGCCGGCGUAUGACGGCUAAGGAGAACAAGGGCCUGCCUCAGCCACCCGAGGGCAGCAACUUCAACUGAUACUCGCCCGGUCGGACCCGUCGAACCGCCACCUCUGAGAAGCGCGCCGCCCCGCCGCCGCUUCUCGCAUAUACUAUAUGAGCGGAGAGGGCCGGCCGGCCCGCCGCGCCGCCGCAGUGAUGACGCCCGGCGCCGCAGUGAUGACGACACGGCGCCGUGGUGACGCCAGGCCCGAUGGCGGGGCCGUCAGUCGCUACACCCUUCCGGCCGCCUGGCGAAUGCUAUUGUUUUGAUGAUUUACUUGCACGAAAAUACAUGGAAAUAAUCAGCCA